AGUUGCUACAGAAGCAUGUAUUGAGUUUUAAAGUGUGAGCUGCAGAAUCUCUCCUGUGCAUUUCAUUAAUCUACGGUAAAAAGUUAGGAGGAUAAAAUGGGUCAAACCUUACAAAGAGCAGCACAGUGGACAUCAGCCCAGGAUGGAACCUCUGGUAAAUUGGAAUUCACCUCACUUAAUGAAGAGCUACUCAACACAGUCCUGGGCUUCUUAGAAGAUGGUAAAUUGAGUGAAGAGUUAAAUCUGAUAUUCAAAAAGCCUUUGGAAUGGAAAUCUACAUUGUCGAUGGAUAAUUUUGAAAUACCUGGGUAUAAAAGAAAAUAUUCAUCUGUCGUCUCAGAGGAAACUUCAGCCCAGGAUUCAACACCCCUGCUAGAGUUGAAGAAAGAUGGUACCUUGAAAGUGCACACUUUGGGGCAUGCAAUUAAUGUACUUAAAAUAGCAGGAGAGAAGAAGCUGAUAGAACUUCGAACAUGCUUAGAAGGAAAUCGAGACCCAGUCGCCAAAAUGCUGGGUGACAGAUUUGCAACAGUAGAAGGUUCAGAUAAUUCAAUUUUUCGAUUUCAUGAAGAAAUACUGAAAGAGUCUGAAGCAUUAUAUAAAAGUACUGAGAAAAAUGCAGACAAAAUGCAGGAGCUGGAAGAUAAAAAGAAAAUUUUGAAUCUUAGGUUGAAACUUCUGCGCCUUGACGAACAAAUGUUGAAUGCCAGUAUCAUCAAAAUCACAAAUGAUAUGCGACUGAACCCAAAGAUUGUUGAUGGUGAAGUAACAGUUUUAAAGAAAGUUAGUGGCAGUGAUAAAUACAGGCAGCCUCUGGAGGACAUCAUUUAUUAUGGGGAGACUUAUGUCUAUCAGAAUGGAUGCAGAGCUCAACCCUGGCGUCAGCUGAAUGGAGACAUUUGCUACCUAGCAAUCAAAUGUUUCGACAUUGAUAGUUUACUCUAUGUGACAGCCAACACUAGUGGAUAUUACUUCAAUAAAGGUCCACAGCUAGAAAACAACGGGCUCUUGGACUACGAGCGUGCAGAUGAGGAAACCUACAGGGAGCUUGUUUCCUUGUUGAAAGCAAAAUCGCCCCACUUUGCAGAUUUGAUCACACGCCAGGAAUUUACAGUCAAAGACAAAGACUCAGAUUCCAACAUGGCAGUGUCUCACCCUGGUAGAGAUGAUGACGGCGAACACACUAACCGCUCAGACAGACAAAACCGCCAUCACAAAGACCACCAUCAAGACCGAGACAAAACACAAAAGACCCAGACAAAGGCUAAGUUGGAGCCUUCUUUAAAAUGGAAAAAUCUCACAGUGGAAGAGGAAAAUCAGAAACAGUCUUCAGUUAUAAUGCCACAACACAGAUACAAGUCAUCAAUAUUUUCCAGUAGUUCUCAAAAAGAAAAGGCAGAUGGUGAGGAAGCUUUCAGUGAAAGCUCUACCGAAAGUGAAGAAGAGGAGGAAACUAUUGAAAGAAGAACUGAGGCAAAUGCUGAUUUACCUACAGAAUACUGGCAAAUUCAAAAACUUGUCAAAUAUUUAAAGGGAGGUAACCAAACAGCCACUAUCAUUGCAUUGUGCUCCUUGCGUGACUUUAACCUGUCCCAGGAGACGUGCCAGCUGGCUAUUCGAGAUGUUGGAGGCCUUGAGGUCCUCAUUAACCUCUUGGACACAGAGGAGGUCAAGUGCAAGAUUGGUGCAUUAAAAAUUUUAAAAGAAAUUUCCCGGAACAGUCAGAUACGUAGAGCUAUAGCAGAUCUUGGCGGGCUACAGACUAUGGUCAAGAUCCUUCGUGAUCAGAACAAAGACCUGAAGUGCCUAGCAGCAGAAACCAUAGCUCACGUGGCAAAGUUCCGUAGAGCUAGGAGAACAGUUAGACAGCAUGGUGGAAUCAAAAGGCUGGUCAACCUGCUGGACUGUGUUAAACUGAACAGUGCCAACAUGACACCUGAGAUGGAGAUGAGUGUUGAGGUGGCAAGGUGCGGUGCCCUAGCUUUAUGGAGUUGCUCCAAGAGCAAGAAGAACAAGGAAGCCAUGCGGAAGGCUGGCGCCAUUCCUCUGUUGGCGAAAUUGCUCAAGUCUGAGCAUGAGAACAUGUUGAUUCCAGUGGUUGGCACAUUACAAGAGUGUGCUUCAGAGCCAAGCUAUGGACUAGCAAUCAGGACAGAAGGAAUGGUUGAAGAUUUGGUCAAAAAUCUCAAGAGCUCAAAUACAGAGCUGCAGAUGCACUGUGCAUCAGCUAUAUUCAAAUGUGCUGUAGAGAAAGAGACAAGAGACCUGGUCCGGCAGUACGGUGGCCUUGACCCACUUGUAGGUCUCCUCAGCAGUGGUACCAAUGACAAGCAGCUCCUGGCUGCAGCAACCGGUGCAAUAUGGAAGUGCUCAAUCAGUCCUGAAAAUGUUCAGCGGUUCCAAGAGUUGAAGGCCAUUGAUUUACUUGUAGGCCUGCUCAAUGACCAGCCUGAAGAGGUUUUGGUGAAUGUAGUUGGGGCAUUAGGAGAGCUGGCUAAAGAUCCACCCAACAGACAGGCCAUACGCAAGGCAGGAGGCAUCCCACCCCUGGUCAAUCUACUUACAGGGACUAACCAGGCUCUCCUUGUCAACGUCACUUGCGCUGUGGGUCACUGUGCCGAGGAAGCAGAUAAUAUGGCAAUAAUUGACAGACUUGACGGAGUCAGACUCCUCUGGUCACUGCUCAAAAACCACAACAAAGAUGUACAGGCCAGCGCUGCCUGGGCCAUCUGUCCUUGUAUUGAGAAUGCCAAGGAUGCUGGCGAGAUGGUGCGCUCUUUUGUUGGAGGUCUGGAGCUCAUUGUCAGCCUGCUCAAGUCAGAGAAGAUGGACGUGCUGGCUGCUGUGUGCGCGGCCAUCGCCAACAUAGCCAAGGACGAGGAAAACUUGGCUGUCAUAACUGACCAUGGUGUUGUCCCUAUGCUGGCCAGACU